UACAGUACUUUUUUGUAAAACAGUAUAGUGUUAGUUACGUUCUCCAUAGCCAUAUAAGAUUUAACUCCGUAAGAACUGUCAUAUUUCAUUCAUUCAUCCUUGUGGUUUCGUUGAAUUUCUUGGUUUACUUACAGCUUUAUUUACAUUUAUCGAAAUUAGAAAACGAAAUAGUUUUAUACCCAUCCAUUUCCAAUACGUUUCGAUUGAGAAAUAGUGCUCAAUGUGACUAGAAAUACAGCUUAAAUUUGUGGCAAAGCGGCCUUCAAUACGCAUAGAUUCACAGACAUUAUUCCAAAUGUAUUGUUUUGAUAGAUAAUGGAUCCGAGAAUGUGCAGAAAAAUCAGUAGUAGUGAAAGUUUUCCAGAUGCUGAAAAUGUGGAAUACGAAGUUGCAAGCAUCAUCGCGCCGCAAGAAAGCGAGGAGAACCUGCUGGAGGGUAGCCCCGAGCUGCGCUCCGUCACCUGGCUGGACGACGACCAGAUCGAGGACCUAGAUCUUAAUUUAGACCAAACUAACCUAUUUUUCCAUAGAGUCGAUAGUGCAGAUAUAAUUUAUAGAAGUAAGAAGAAAAAAUGCAAAAUGGUCGGGAAAUACGUUAUGGGGGACAUAUUAGGGGAGGGUUCGUACGGGAAAGUGAAGGAGAUGUUGGACUCGGAGUCGCUGUGCCGGCGCGCGGUGAAGAUCCUGAAGAAGCGCAAGCUCCGCAGGAUACCCAAUGGAGAGCAGAACGUGCAGCGAGAGAUACAGCUGCUCCGGAUACUUAGACAUAAGAAUGUGAUAGAACUAGUCGAUGUUUUAUAUAAUGAUGAAAAACAGAAGAUGUACCUUGUCAUGGAGUUCUGUGUGGGUGUGCUACAGGACAUGUUAGAGUCGAGUCCGGGCAAGAAGUUCCCGCAGCAGCAAGCCCACGACUACUUCACGCAGCUACUAGACGGGCUUGAGUAUUUGCACGGGCAGGGAGUUGUGCACAAGGACAUCAAGCCAGGAAACCUGCUGCUGACCCUUGACUCCACACUGAAGAUUACUGAUUUUGGUGUUGCUGAGGCACUAGACAUGUUUUCGCCGGAGGACACGUGCUACACAGGCCAGGGCUCGCCCGCUUUCCAGCCUCCGGAGAUCGCCAACGGCGCUGAGCAGUUCUCGGGGUUCAAAGUCGAUAUUUGGAGCAGCGGCGUCACACUAUACAACAUGACGACGGGCCGCUACCCGUACGAGGGCGACAACGUUUACCGGCUUCUGGAGGCGAUCGGUCGCGGCGAGCCAGCGCCGCCGCCCGCUAACCUAGGGUCCACAUUACGGUCCCUACUCAUUGCGAUGUUGCAGCGCGAGCCGCAACGGAGGCCCAGCGUUCAUGAGAUACGAAGACACGCUAGAUGGGUUCAAGGGACGCCGCCGCUGGAGGCCGGCGAGCGAGCAGUGAGCCCGCGAUCACGGCGCUCCGACGAGCUCCACUCUUCCACCGUGCUCCCCUACCUCGUGGAGCGGCACUACGGCUCGCAGGACUACUUCACCGGCGACCUGCGCCACGAGCUCGGCGAUGGUGGGUCCCGCACCCUGUCCACAGCUGAAUUAUCGGAGCAGUCGUCACGCAAGCACCGCUGGCACUCCGCCUGCGGUCGUCUGCCUUCCUGCCGCCUCACGUGAUCCGACCGUCUCCGACCCACUAUCUAGGACUAGGUUUAGUCGCAAUACAAUACUUACAGAACUACACGGUGGCUCCCACACACUAUUUACAUCUGGCUUGUCUGAGCAGUCGUCACGCAAGCACCGCUGGCACUCCGCCUGCGGCCGGCUGCCUUCCUGCCGCCUCACGUGAUCCAACCGUCUCCGACCCACUAUCUAGGACUAGGUUUAGUCGCAAUACAAUACUUACAGAACUACACGGUGGCUCCCGCACACUAUAAUACAUCUGGCUUGUCUGAGCAGUCGUCACGCAAUUGUCGCUGGCA